UCUGCAGAGGCGACUUCAACUAAUUGCCUACUUUUGUGCAAAAGUCGGCCCCUUCAAGUGAAUGGCUUGACUAUUCUCGGCAUAUAGCAUUCCAGUCUCAUGGGAAUUGCGAGAGGCGACGCCGUUUGCGGGAGUGCAACAAGGAAAGACUGUCUCAGGCUUGCUUUUUUCCUGCAUCCCAAGGCCGCUCGCAAUGAUGUGUGCGCUUCAAUUGACGCAAUAGGAAAUACUCAUGAUAACAGUAACCAUCAGCGGCCGCCCACAAUGACAUUGUAACGACCAGGACAGCGUCUGAAUAAUAUAUCUACUCCACCACUGAAGAAAAGAGGAUUAGUCAAUGAAAUUCGCUACACACAGCCUCGACCCCUACCGCCGCAUCCUGGGCCGCAUCACCAUCCAUCUCCGCGACGACCACAUCGCGCGUUCCCAAAUCUCGACGUCAUCGACGCCGGCGCUCACGCAGCCGCCACCUGCGACGCCCUUCCAGCACGUCUCCUCUCGGCUCCACCUCCUCGACCGCGUCCACGACCUUACCAUGUGGGAUGCCAAACCUCCACCCUUCUCGGCGCCCCCCGGGGCGGACCUCCCAAAGCCGCAGCAGCCGCCCCCUCCCGUCCUCAGCCUGGCCUACAUGCAGACGCACCCCCUGUCUUAUGUCCUCACGCACCCGCCCUUCGUGCUCUUCUCCACCAUCAUCGCCCUCCUGGUCUACGUCAUCGUUCAGGAGCGGCGGCACCGCAAGGAGCUGGGGCUGCUGAACGCCCUAGUCCGGAAGCUGGGCCGGGACGGCGACCUUCUGGUCCAGGCCCUCCAGAUCAACGAAGAGCGCGUCGAGAGGCUUGGCGAGGGCGUCGACAAGGUGGAGGAUGUGGUGCUAGAGGUGUCGAGGUGCGUCAGGGAGGUCUUGGGGGGCGGCGCGAGGAUCACGACGGCGAUGCAGGGGCGUGGUAGAAGUAAGGAAGAAGGGGGAAGAGGACCGGGCGUGGUCGACGGGGAUAGGGAUCAAGGGUACGAUACCGUGGAUGAGGAUGCCAUGACCGUCAGGGUUGAGGACGAUGAGGCUGAUGGCGAUGCUAAUACACGCUAUGGGUACGCGGGGUCGACGUAUACGGCCAGGGACGAGGACGAGGACGAGGACGAGGACGAUGCCGAUUGGGAGACGAGGACGGCGACCACGGAGUUGGAGCCAAGAGGACGCGGAGGUCAGUGGGAUGGGAAGAGGCAUACAAAGAAGACAUGGUCGAAAGGCGACUGGAAGGGUUUAGAGGUAUUUGGUUAAUUUCGUAUUGAAAUGGAAUGUAUCGGUCACUUUCAGGGCGUACUAUUCAGCUUUCACUCAAAGAGAAGAUUCCAGCAAACGGUCAUAUAAGUAAUCUGGUUACAAGGGGCAAAAAAGAACAAGAAAAAUUGCAACCCAGAUGUUUUUCAUUGGUGAUAAUUAGAUAGCACGCACAAGGCAACCUUGGUAUAUACAAACCAUGAAUGAGGCGAUUAGUG